AUGUUGGUUGGUGAAGAUAUUACAGGUUUGUCCUCUUUGAAGACAACCAAAUAUGUAGUACAAGUGGAUAACGCGGGUGUUCCGGAAAAGCGUCCACAGUACGUCAAAGACCUAAAAAGGAUACAUAAGCACGAGAAAGAGCUGAUCAUUUUGUAUGAUUUUAUGAUAAUAAAGUUGACGGUAGGAUUGGUUCGCAAGUACAUGCAUCUUUUAUUCCCUAUUAAAUGUAAGGGCAUUUUAUCCUCGAACAUAUGCUGCCAUCACCGAGUUCCGUUAAAGUUGAACGAAGAUGGGCUAACUUACUUUAUCAAGGUACUUAUUUGUAGAAGUAAAAUGACGAGGAACCAGCUGAAGCACAUGUAUGUUUUAACAAUUAAAUUUUUGAGUUUGUGCGAUGUAACAGGCGUGAAUUAUAUGCACUGCCUCCAUCACGAUAUCAACAAGCUGCUCGUAGCAUGUUUAGUGCUCACGCAUGGUAAUGACUGGCAUAGGAAGCCGCCCAUAUGCAAAAGGUAUUCCAAAGUUACCGGGCUGCAUGAAGAUCAAAUAAUACUCUGCUGUAACAUUGUUGCGCCUAUUUUGGAAUCAGAGUGUCUCCGCCAAAGACGCCUGAUGAUUGAUCAGCGACAGCAGCAGCAAGAUCUCAGCAACAAGGCAAACAUAGCAGCAUCCUUCCAACGAUAUCCCCCUCCUGAUACAAUAUACAAUCAUUCCCUACCCGAAGACAAGUACUUGCUUCCAGAGGAGCUAGAUCAGUUUAACGUAUUUGGAAAAUUGCUUGUGAAGAGACAUUUCAACAUCAGAUGA